GAGGAGGAGGUGGACAAGAUGAUGGAGCAGAAGAUGCGCGAGGAGCAGGAGCGGCGCCGGAAGAAGGAGAUGGAGGAGCGCAUGUCCCUGGAGGAGACCAAGGAGCAGAUCCUGAAGCUGCAGGAGAAGCUGCAGGCCUUGCAGGAGGAGAAGCACCAGCUUUUCCUGCAGCUGAAGAAGGUGCUCCACGAGGAGGAGAAGCGGCGCCGCAAGGAGCAAAGUGACAUGACGACGCUGGCCGCCGCGGCUUACCAGCAAGGCAUGGCUGUGCACGCUGGGUCCCACCUCCUCAACAUGCAAGGGAGCCCUGGGGGGCCCAGCAGGCCUGCCACGCUGAUAUCGGCGGAUCGAGCCAAGCAGAUGUUUGGUCCUCCGGUGAUUACGACGCGCCACUUUGCCACCCAGCAGGCCUUCCCCGCCGGCACCCCGGAGCACGGGCAGUACCAGGGCAGCCAGCCGGGACACAGCCCCUACGGGGUGGGCCAGGGCCAGCACACGGUGCCCGUCAGCUACGCCAGCAGCCCGUCGAUCAGAGGCCCGUCUGCCUUCCCCGCCAUGCAAUACCUGUCCCAGCAGCAGCCGCCUGGUUACGCCAUUCACGGGCACUUCCCCACCGCCCAGCCAGGUUUCAUCCCCCCAAGCACCACCAUCCCCCUGCAGAAGCAACUGGAACAUGCCAACCAGCAGUCCGGAUUCACUGACUCGUCAACCCUCCGGCCGAUGCACCCGCAGGCGCUGCAUCCCACCCAGGGACUCCUGCAAGCUCCCCAAAUUCCCGUCCAGAUGCCGGCAGCCGCCAAGCCCAGUCUGGCUUACACCCACCCAGCACGGCCAGCUUCGCCAGGCAGCUUCUCGCAUGGGAGUGCCCCACAGCAGCCCCACACGUCUGGCUUCCAGGCGUCUCCCCAGACAGCACCCCGGCACCCCUUCAUACAGCACCCGCAGGGGCAGCGCUUCUACCACAAGUGAGCCCGGGUUCCCUGGCCCGUCGCUGCCUCCGCUGCCCCGGUCGCAGCGUGAACAAGGAAGCCGCUCCGUGACUGUCGCUUUGUUCCUCCCUCGUUCUGCGCUGAAAUGCUAUUGCGAAAGCAGAUUGCACUCCAAAUAUACCUGGCGGAAUUCC